AUGCAAUGGGAUGGAGGCAGAGCACAAUCAGGCUGCACUACUGUACUGGUGAGCUUGUUCCCAUGUCUAAAUUAUGUUACAGGAAACACAACAACGCCCUCAUCAUCUUGUUGCUCACAGCUAUCAAGGGUUGUUACAUCACAGCCCCGGUGCCUUGGCUCCGUGUUAAAUGGUGGUGGCUUCUCUUUUGGUGCUUCUAUUAACCAAACUCUGGCUGUUGCACUUCCUAAUGCAUGCAAUGUGCAAACUCCUCCUGUGAGCCGCUGCAAUGCUGGUGCAAAUGGACCAGCAGCUUCACCUGCUGAUAGUCCUCCAGCGGACUCUUCUAAAGAAUCACCAUAUAUUCCUUCAGGAACAGAGUCAAAGACUACUGGUGGGAACACAUUUGAUGGAAGCAUUGUGGAACUACCGCUUCAUCUCACAGCUAAUUUUAUCUUCAUUGCUGCAUUUACUGCUUUUGUGUUAACUAUCUUCUAGCUUCAAGUUUUAGGAGUUUUGAACAUUUAAGGUGUUUUCCGUGAUUGAUGAUUUUAUUCUUGAUUUUGUCCUGUUUGUCUCAAAGUUGUAGUAUCAGUAUGCCAUCUAUGAGUAUUGCAUCUGUGCUUUGAUUUAUUCA